CCACUGAAUUCAAUGUAGAAAACCAAGGCGAUUUAACUACCAAAGAAAGCCUCAUCGGUCAAUUUUUUGUGAUCAUAAAUGUCAGUAUAUGUAGCAGUUUGUGAAGCAAUUGUUGUUUGGUCCAGGGGUCUUGGGAAAAUAUUAAUGAAAAUGUACAUGUUUUAUUACAUAUUUUUACAAUCUGCUUUUCAUAUGAAACAUGACGAUCGUUAAACGAGUUUCAGAAUACCACCAGCUAACUUUUAUUUGCCUUCGAAGGUUUGACAUUCCCCGUUUAUUUUAAUUGGAGCUCCAACGUUUUUCCCUUAGCAUGCGCAGUACAUGCUUACUUCCGGGACUUCACAAGCUUAGGUUAGCUGAAGGCGUGCUUGCCUAUCCAGUUAAAUUUGCAUAAUUGCAAAAUCAACAUGGCGGCGCCUUGCAACGAAUAUCCCGGUAAACUGGAAUUUUCCCUGCUUGUCCCGUUCCCGUCGGCUCGAGAAGCCAACAUUGCGCUGCGAUCUCUGUUACCGGACCGUGAGCCGCGCAAGGGCGGAAUCAGCAAGGAUCUUUCUGUUUCAGAUAACGCCAUGUCUGUGAAAUGGACUGCAGAUGAGGCUCGGAUCCUCCGUGUAUCAGUUGGGUCCUUUCUGGAUCACCUGGCGCUUGUUUUGGAAACCAUGGAGGAGUUUGGGCCCCCACUUACCCUGUAACUCCCCCCCCCCCCCCCCUCAAGCCAGGGCAGAACUCCCUGACUGAGUAGAUAGCUCAGUUAGACGGGCCACAGGUGUACAUUAUUGCAGGAUGUGUUGGUCGUUUAUCUACCUCUCUGACCAACUGUAACCCAAUGGAUGGUGAGACAGAAAGAAGGAACAGGAAGAAGAGGGAACAGCCAAAAUGGGAAAGAUUGAGAGUUCUGCAGGAGGGCUGGAACCAGGUCCUCCUUUUCAAACAGAACGCACUGAACAAACUCACUCUUUCUGCACAUUUCCUUUGAAUAAUAACUGCGGUGUGUCAUUUUUUUUGGCAUGUAAAUAUAAUACAAAAACAAUAUUUUAUACUGCAAAUGUACUAUCUGUAUUACUAUGGCUAGUUUUUGUGUAAAAAAAUGUAAUACAUUAUUAGCAGUUUCUAUUGGAAUGCAAGAUAAAUACAAUUAAUCACUUAUCAAUGUCAUGUGGUUUCAGCUAGCCUUUCAUGUUUCUAGUCAACAAUGACUUGCGUAAACAAUUCUUUUUGUUUUGUU